AUGGAUUUGCGCACAAUUAUGAACAGUGAUGCCGCUGGCACAUCACGCCGUCCUCCGUCGCCUCCGUCUCAUCGAUCGCCAUCGCAACUUUCUCGUAAACCCUCCGAGCCAAUAUAUCCAGCACACGACCAGCCUCCGUCGUCAUCAUCCUCCUCUUCCUACCCAUCUGGCUAUCCCAACGGGCCAUCGCAGCAGCCUGCACCGCUUCAGCGCGCCCAAACUUCCCCAGACAGAGGCUCAUCCUACGGCUCACUACAGUCUCCCUACCAGUAUAAUGCUACAUCAUCUCUCAAUGCGGGCGCACAAUCUCAUCGCGGCCACAGCCCACCUCCCGCGCCUUAUGGGCCCUCUGCUUCGCGUGACUCUUUCGCUGCGCCUGUCGCCUACCAUCAUCCGCAACAUCCUCCUUCCCACCAACCGUCGCCUGUCGCUGCUCAGCGCUCGCAAUCCAUCCAGUCUGUUCUGACCCCUUAUUCCUCCACCUCACACUCAUUCCCCCACAGAGAGAGCCCUCCAGCCGCCACCCACCAUCCAUAUCCGUCCCAGCAAUUUUCACCCGCGACACAAGGAUCACUUCCUGGUACGCCGCGAGGUUCCGCUGCUGCUCUCUACCACCAGUCAACUCCAUCGUCUGCCCGCCCUCAGUCGUCAGGCCACGAUUCCCUAUCGAAUCGCGCAUCUAGUCCAUGGGUCGGGCAGGAUGUCCAGAUGCACAUGUCACCAACCGCGGUUUCGCGACCUGUGCGAUACGAUUCAAAGACACUCGAUGGCGCGCCCCGGCGCACAUCGGGCACCACUGGGGGAAGAGAGUCCGAUGAGAGUGUUAGUCCGAAAACAGCCUUUUCCUCAGGGACGCGGCGCGACAGCAUGGCAGGCCCUGGUGAGCCUGCAGUCUCUACGCAAUCGACUGAGAGGGAAAAUGGGAUAGCUGCGCAAAACAGUCGACCCAUUGCGCAAAACCUCCACGCCCAUGCAGCUUCAACUGGGCCAACCGCAACGCAAGUCAGUAGCCCUCCGCGAUCACUGGGGCCAGUAGCAAAUGUAUCCCCAAAGGGAAAGCCAGGGCCCCAGCACCCGCAAAAGACAAACUUUGCGUCAGAAUUGACCCACGCUAAUUCGAGCCCUCAACCUCCUAAACCAAAGCGAAGACGGUACAAUGAGCCACCUAUUUUCGCCCAACGAUCAAUUCGCACAAAGGGGAAAUGCCCCAUGAUCCCAAAUUUGUUACCGCCGAUUCCCAAACACAUCAGGAAUACGCCACAGGACCCGUGGUUACAACGGCAGCAUGCAGUCUCAGAGGAAGCCCCCCCAGCAAAGAUCAUAAAGCGAGAAGAUUCAGUUGCGAAUGGCCCGCCGAUCUCGUCACAGCCUUCGCAACCAUUACAACCGCCACAGCCUGCAGAACCGCAACAGUUGAAGAGCCUGGGCCCUUGGGAACCAUCCAUUACUGGGUUCAUACCGCACGAAGAAAUCACCAAGGUUGUCUGUGACUUCCUCUUUCAGCACGUAGUCCUCCGAAAUGAUGCCUUGGCAGGCCCUGCUGGUGCGACUGCUGUGGGCCAAGGCGCAAUCAUCGAAAUCGAAGCCAAGCUGGGACAAAUAAUGGAUCUUGAUCGCGGAGACAGGCUCCAAUUGCCAAUACAGACUGAAAGUGUCAUAAAUCGUGACAACUCCCGAAUUCGAACAAAUUUUGAAAGCAAUAUGACGCAGGCACAACACCGGGCUAUGAACAAUUUUCUCAACGAAACUGUGAAGGGGUCUAUGCCUCAAGCAAAUCCUGGACGGAUUCCCCUCUCAUACGCCCACAAAAAGGAACGAGAUUCCUUUUACGAGGUCUCCCCUUCCGAUCUGCCACCCGUUAUCCGACAAAACCUAAACCCGCGCCACAAGCCCCGAGUCCGAGUCACCGUUGACCAACGGACAGGCGAAGUCCUCGCAAAGAUUGUCAAAUGCCGAGUAGCAGACCUCGAUAUUUACAGUCCUCGCACCUGCGUCGACUGGCGUGUCAGUGUCAACCUAGAAAUGAGCUACGACGGUGAUAUCUCUCACCUCCCGCCAGCUGAUACAGGCCGAGGAGCCAGCGAUCGGAAUAAAGACCGCAUGAGCUACCGACAUUUGGCGUACCAGGUCGAUUUGACACAAGUUGCUAGGUCCGAACCCUCUGCAAAAGGCGAAUUCGAACACGAGCUAGAAGUCGAAGUCUCAGCCGCCGAAAUCCGCCGCCAGGGUCAGCUCGCCAUGGCUGGUGACCCCAGCAAUCAGUACGAAGAUCUCGUAAAAGGUCUCCUUGACAAUAUACGCAUCCUGGCGCGAGCAGUACCGGCAUAG